UCAGUGACCUUCCUCUGCCGGGGAGACACGGAAUCAAAACACAGCCAGCUAACCGCGGCGCCACAGGGUAGUGUGAAAACGGACUAAACAUGCUGUUUUAUGGGGAGUGAGCUUCCGUAGCCGGCAUUUCCCCCUUAUCCCGGUGAAAACCCUGCGUCUCUCUACCUUUGCUCUUUCCUGGAGAAGUGGAUGUCCAAGUGGUGCCCAUAAUUAACAUCUUGGACAGUCAGUUGGGGGCUGAAAUGGAGGCGGUUCCUCCCAACUCUGAGAGAGAAGCUACUGCCUGCAGCAUAGCCGGCGCUGAGGAGGACAAAGAAGGAGAGGUGCACACGGCCAUGCUGUGGUCCAUCCAAGAGGCUGUGGAGAGGCAGACCCUUCAGAUCGGAGUCUCAGCCUGCGGUGCUACAGCUGUGGUGGAUGUACUCCAGGCUUUGGGGAUUACAGUGGCCCCAGAGACAGCUGACCACUGUGUACGGACUAGACUCAGGAGGAAUGAUUCCCCAUUGCCUGAUUACCUUCACUCACGCAGCGAAGCGGGUGCCACCCACCAUCAGCUGAUAGACGGAGCAGAGCGGGCCAGUGGCGGUCAAGUGCUGGGCAAGUUCUUCGGUUUCCACCCAGCAAGGCGGGUAAAGCUGGUACCAUGGCUGGCACACUGGAUCCGACGUGGAGCUGUGCCUGUAGCCACCAUGAACAUGCAGCGAGGGGUGGCAGAGGGUGAAGAAAUCCCUGAUGCUUGGCAUCACCAACUGAUCUUUGGAGUGGGACCCAAUGCUGUGUUCAUGACUAAUCCUCUGGAUGUGGUUGGUGAGGAGGAGGUACGCAUUCGCCUGUGCAGUGAAUCAGUGCUGCUGAUACGUCGUGAAGAUGUCUUGAAGAGACUAAUGCCAGGAUCCCCACUAUCACUGAUCUCAGACCAGCAGACUGAUCCACGUUGGAAAACUCUUGAUGUGGAAGGUCAAGUCAGACAGAUGAUGAAUGAGGAAGACCACAGUGAUGAAGACCACCCAAAGAUGACACACGUAAUGAUCCCUGCGGCUUACAGCUCUGGAGUCACGCUGUUUGCCCUCAGAAAUUCUUCUGUUGGUCAGGAACUCCUCAGUGCCCCUGAACUGCCUUUCUUAUAAUUCAUCAUGGUACCUCCUUACUGUACGCCUGGACUCGUCUUACGCCACGCAUUGCUGUGCUGUGCAAAUGAAGUAUAGUGUUGGUAUUUUAAGCUGUACACAGGUAUUUGGCAUGGUCACUAACACUUAUGUUUCAUCAUUGGAAAACAGUGAGAGCCCUGCAACCUGCUAGAACUUGCACAUUUUCAGAUAUUUAGGUUGCGCUUGGGAUUGUCCUCCAUGCAUUUGUCAAUUAGUAAUCAAAGUCUGAUUAUUUAUGCCUUUAAAAGUCAGGAAAUGGUUGGGGAAAAAUGGUAAACAUGCACUGUCUUUAAGUCUACUUUUGUGACAGAGGCUUGUUUAUGUUCUUUUAGACGAUUCUGGGAUAAACUCCAUGUUACGUUGGUUUAAGAGAUGUGUUUUGCUAACUUUGUUGAAGGCAAUACACUCUGGAGAACGUUUUGGGCCUUUGGCUCACGCUACCAUUGUGGUGGCAAAUGGGGUACGGUUUUAGAUGUGUAAUCCAAGUGUAAAGCAUAGACUGUUAUUUGGAACAACAUCAGGAAAGUAACACCUCUUACAAAAUGACUAAAAUCUGAGCUUUACUAGUAUAAUGGGGACUAGUGUGUUGUUUUGAGUAACACUACUGACACUAUCUUGAGUCAUCUAUACCAAAAGUGAUUGAGAGACUCAUCUGGGUUUUUUUUUUUUGCGUUUUUAAUGACGUAUGUUUUGGUAACACCACUGACAAAAAAUCUUGGGAUAAGAUUUAAUACCAAAACUUCUAUUUAUAUAUUUGCAAAUACUUUGAACAAAGAACAGCUGAUCAUUUUAACAGAUUUUUAGGUAAUACUUUAUUUGGAUGGUCCACUGUAGAUUCUUUGUAAAUGUUCAGUGUAUCCUUAAGUAACACUAAGUACUUUAAGUAAGUACUGAGAUGGUUGACUAUAGAUGCUUUGUAAAUGCUCAGUCUGCCUUUCAAUAACAUUCAACUAAAUAUCCAUUAAAUACAACUUGGAAGUUCAGUGUGAAAGAGUUUAUUAAAGCUAUCCCUAAACCUAAACCUAACCCUAACCUCAAUUCAAAACCUACACCUACUCCUAACUCUAACCCCAACCCUUUAAUGGCAGAAUGUUGUUGAUGAUCUCCAGAAAGUUUGUUAAUGAUUUAAGUAGCUGUAGAGCAUCUAUAAGGGACCAUCCAAAUAAAGUGUGACCGAUUUUUGUCAUUUAACCUGAAAAACAAGCAUCUAAAUCGGUUCGACAUAAAAAAUGAAUACUUAACUGCCUGUUAAGUCACUGGUGUUUUUAAUACACAAGAUGGCUGAAAAAUCACAAAAAUAAAAAUUCAAAAAGAAGAA